AGAGCGCUUUUUGCAGAUGGAAGAACGACGGUUUCAGCGAGAUUUGGACGUGGAGGAGCGCCGGCUGCAACUGGAGCAGCGACGUUUUGAACUGGAGCGGGAGCAUGAGUUUCGCAUGUUCAAUGUUUUUGCUCAGAUGCUCAGCAUCCUAAAGCAGAGCCACAGCGGCUCUUCCUCUUCCCUUGCAAUACCUCGGGGUUUGGACUUCAACCAGGCACUGUCCGAAAUUGCUGGCAUGGGAGGAGGAGGAGGUGGUGACCUGCAAGAGGCUAGAGCCGUGCAACCAGGUCGGCCCCUUCCCGAGAGGAGGUUUGACAUGCACGGUUUCUGCAACCCCAGCGAGUUCCAGAGGAGCCCCUACCUCUCUGCUCGAGGCAAUGUUGUCAAUAUUUUUCGAGGCUCCACAGAGGAAGGGUACGAAGCCUACCAUGCUGACAAGUAUGAUGAAGACAAGAACCCCAAUGGUAUAAUUAAUUUUGGCACCAGUGAAAAUAAACUCUGCUUUGACCUGAUGUCUAAACGGCUAAAAGAACAGCUGACACAGACUGAUAUGAAUCUCAUGGAGCCACCACUGCUUCAGUAUCCUGAUUGGAAGGGACAUAUGUUUUUACGGGAGGAAGUGGCUCAAUUUUUGACCCAUUACUGCAAGGCCCCUGCACCUCUUAAGGCAGAAAAUGUAAUUGUGUUGAAUGGUUGUGGCUCCCUGUUUUCUGCAUUAGCUACAGUCCUUUGUGAUCCAGGGGAAGCUGUUCUGAUUGCCACUCCCUUUUAUGGUGGUAUCACCCAGAGCGUGUUUCUAUAUGGUAAUGUCAAGCUGGUGUAUGCCUGUUUAGACAGUAAGAUCGCUGGAACAAGCACUCGGCCUUUUCAGCUUACAGUGGACAAACUGGAAAAGGCCUUGCAGGAUGCCCAGGCAGAGGGUGUCACUGUAAGGGCCUUAAUUCUUCUGAAUCCCCAAAAUCCCCUAGGGGACAUCUACUCCUUGUCAGAGCUACAAGAUUACCUGGAAUUUGCUAAAAGACAUGAAUUGCAUGUGAUAGUAGAUGAGCUCUACAUGCUGUCAGUUUUUGACGAAUCAGCCACGUUUCACAGUGUCCUAGGCAUGGACAGAUUGCCUGAUCCACAGAGGACUCAUGUGAUGUGGGGAAUAAGCAAGGAUUUUGCUGUCUCUGGGAUUCGCUUUGGUACUUUAUAUACAGAGAACCAAGAUGUUGCUAAUGCAGUGGCUUCUUUGUGUUAUUUCCAUGGGGUUUGUGGAACUGUCCAGCACAAGGUUGCACAGCUGCUUAGAGACAGAGACUGGAUCAACCAGGUAUACCUGAGGGCCAACCAUGCCCGCCUAAAAGCUGCCCAUACGUAUGUGACAGAUGAGCUGAAGACACUUGGGGUUCCUUUUCUCAACCGCAAUGCAGGCUUCUUUGUCUGGAUUGAUUUCCGAAAGUACCUUAGGACAGGAACAUUUGAGGAGGAGAUGCUGCUCUGGAGGCGUUUUCUCGAUAACAAGGUCCUGCUAUCCUGCGGUAAAGCCUUUGAAUGCAGUGAGCCUGGAUGGUUUCGCAUUAUCUUUGCUGACAAGACCCAUCGACUACAGUUAGGUAUGCAGCGGAUCCGCAAAGUUUUGGAAGAACGGGAGCAGGAGAUCUUGGCUGAGGAAAAGGAACAGCCUUGUCAGUCAGACCAGGAUGGCAAAGCAGAUAGCACAGAUGAAGUCAUUUUUGUAUCCCGCCACCAGGAGCCUACUUGUGCUGGUAGCUCCAACCUUGGUGACCUCAUUGGCCUCCUGCAACAACAGAUGCGUUCAUCUGACUGGCUACAGAAAAAUACGGCAGAGCAGUUUGCACAGGAAAAGCCAGAGAUCUACGAUGUGUUCAGCAAACUGGUGGGAAAACAGUAGGGCCCAGUGUGCCCUCAGGGGGCUUUCCUGAGCAGUGACUGACCCUGGGCCCUUAGCUCAGCACUGACGUCCAGCAAAUAAUAUAUUUUCUGUAUAGCAAGAAAAUUACUUUGUAAAACCCAUCCUGUAGCCCGUUUGAGAUCUCUAAUUUGUACUAUAUAGGCGCUUUCCUUGAAUUGCGGUGAGGAUAUGGAGUGAUGGGGGUCUUGUUCGCCUCUUGCCCCCGUCCUGCUGCAUCAUUGUAUUUUGUAUUUCAUUUCUAAUGAAUAUGCUCUUAACUCUCUUAUAAGGUCCCGUGGUGUCAUUUUUUAAUGCUGCUUCUUAAUUUCAUUCUUUCCAGGAAGACAAAGACGUGAGACUAUUAAAAUGUUUUAUGUUUUUCUUUUUCUGAAUGAUGAUCAGAAGUAACUAAUUAUUUCAGUGCCAGAAGAUGACUGCUUUCUCACAGAGAUGUUUUUGAUAGCUAGAAUCCAGUGUCAGCCCUGACUUAGCCCCAGCUAAGGGUAAAUAAGCAUGUAUACAUAUUCAAAUGCAUGGGUGAGACUCUUAGAGCUGUGAUUGUUUAAUCUGAGUUCUAUAAAGCUUUUCAUUUUGAGCUCACUGGUUUCCAUUCUGAUCUGAGAUGGGAUAGGAUCUAACACCUUUGGUUGGUAAAAUGCUGGAAUUGUUUCUAUCCUUCUUUUUGUAUUCAUAUAAAUAAACAACCUCUGAUAGCUUCUUGA